AUGAAGCGUGUGUGUCAGAUUUUUGUCCUCUGGGUCUUCUGCGUGCUCAUCUUGUGGCUGAUGAUCCCCUGCCUGGAUCAGAAACCCGAAUUGGCACCCCAGGAAAAACUGGUGUACUUGGUACCAUGGUGUGGCAACUGCCUUUGGUUCAAGAUCAAGAAGUGUGGCUGCCCAUCCGGGACACUCAACUACUCCCUGUGCCACCAGACAGGCAGAGAACAGAACUGGUUUGAUGCGUGCUAUGAGAAGGCGACGGAGUACCUGAUGAGGACAACAGAGUCCCUGCCCCCCAGUGUUGUGCUCUGGUGGUUGGGCGUGAACUCAGCAAGCAAGCUGGGCAAAGUGUGGGAGAAGCUGUUCGAGGUUAUUCCCAGACCCUCAGUAAGGCCUAAUGACCUGUAUUGUGGGUCUUGUGUGCUGGUGGGGAACUUGAAGGUCCUGCGGGCUUCUGGCCUCAGCAGCAACAUCACCCACCACACCACAGCCUUCAGAGUGAAACCGGCCCCUGUUCAGGUCUUCAAGAAGGUAGGGAACCAAACCGUGGGCUUCACCUGCCGUAGGAAUGCUGGGGCCCAGGGUUCCUGGAGGCAGCUGCUGCUGCUUCUCCUGAAGCUUUCUGGUCUGGCCUGGACUUCAGAUGCUCUGAGUCAGGAGGUUUUGGAAGAUCAUCUAGUUCCCUAG